ACCUCGCUGAGUUUUGUUGGGAUUCCCCAUUCAUGCGGUAUAAAAGAAAUUACGAAUCUGCUGUUUCCAUCAGUUGAGAAGCAAAUAGCGCCUAAGAAUGAAGAAAGUUCUUUGUUUUGGUUUAUACAUUAUUUUGUUCAUAGCACAUUGCAAUUCCGCUCAAGAUUCUUGUAGUGGAUUUGGAUACGAGUUACUUACAGCCCGUUUGGAUGCCCUCGAAAGUGUUACUUUAAAGUCUCAGCUCAAAUCAGCAGGAGAUGUUCAAAAUCUACGGCACGACGUGCAAGAAUUGACUAGAAACGUCCAAUCAAUGAUGUGGAGGAACUCGGUUGAACAUGGCUCUGACAGUGACAGUACAAUUCCAUUGUUGAAAAUAAACAUCUAUUCAAAUGUACUAUUUUGGGAUUUUAUUAUAUUAGGUCUACCACGAUCGUGUAGUGAGGUUCGUUCCAAGAAAUCCGGCAUAUAUCGAUUAGACAUUUCCCGUGGUGUGAAAGAUCCAAUUGCAGUAUUCUGUGAUCAAGACUACGAAGGAGGUGGAUGGCUGGUGUUUCAGAAUCGCUUCAAUGGAGCAGUUGACUUUUAUCGACCAUGGGUUGAGUAUAAGAAUGGGUUUGGAUCGUUGGAUGGAGAAUUCUGGCUUGGGCUUGAGAAGAUCCAUGAGAUUACAUACUCAGGCUCAUACGAACUAGUCAUACAAAUGGAAGGCUUCGACGGAGAGAAAGCAUUUGCACGUUACUCUGAGUUUGCGCUUGGCAGUGAAACAGAGUUCUACAACCUGGUCAAACUCGGAUCAUACAAUGGAACUGCCAACGAUGCGCUGAGUUAUCAUUCAGGAGUUAAAUUUUCAACUUUUGAUCGGGAUAACGAUGAACACGAAACGAAUUGUGCAUCAACGUACAUCGGGGCAUGGUGGUAUAAAGCCUGUCACUACAGUAAUUUGAAUUCACGAUAUGGACCGAAUGGUCUUCCGAAUCGUAUCGUCGUAUGGCGUAAAUGGAAAGGGGAUUCAUAUGCAUUGAAGAAGACAAAAAUGAUGAUAAAACUGAAAACAUAAACUAGAUUAUGGAUACAUUCGUAAUAAUUUUAAGAAAUUUCCACUUUCUUAGAAUUGAACGAAAUUUCGACCAGUUGUUUAUGUUUGUGUUAAACCCUCAUUGGAAAUUUUUACAUUGCAUUUUUACUCUUAAAACCCAAAGUACUCUGUCCUGAUCUUGUACAGGGGUGUAAAAAUAAAAAGUUCUUUAAACACAUUUUUGGUGUUGAUUCUCCACUGGUCGACUAGUACCGAAUAUCAUGUCUUCUUCUGCCUCUCGCAUAACUAAAAAAUUCUGUACAUUCAAAGUUAAUUGCCUAUAUGCCGGGUAUUAAGCCACCCGGAGUGGAAAUUAAUUACUGAAACUCGAAACUCGAUUAUGCAUAUGUACAACCAAGAUUACAAGAAUUACAUCCAAGAUUUUUGGCCAAUUUCAACCCUUUUACCUCCUACCUGUCACAAAUUGUCACAAAUCACUGACCCCCUUCUCCUACACGUUCAUGAAUCAUUUACAUAAUGGAUCAUACACUUUUUCUGCUAACAU